AUGUCUCAUGAAAAUACAACUAUAAAUAACCUUGCGUUGCAUACUGCAAAACUCCGAGUCUCAGAACCAACUCUUGCUCUCUUUCAUGAGGAGGUUAAGGAGAAACUAGUUUUGUUUGGAAAAUUCUGGGGAACAAAAAUUUUCUAUCCCGCCUCAGUUCGAGAAACAUUGGCCAGAUCGUGGAGGGCUUUUAGUGGGCUCACAGUGAAGAAAGAUGCUUCCAAUGUUUUCAUUUUCACGUUUAGUAGGGUUGAGGACCUUGAAAGAGCUUGGAAUGGCCGACCUUGGUGCCUCAGUAACAACUUGCUGGUCCUCCAGAGAUGGACUCCAGACUCAUCUCUGGAAAGCAUUGACUUCAGUUGCUCUCCUUUUUGGGUGCAUGCUUUUGGGCUACCUGCAAGUCAGAUAAGUAAGCGUAAUGCGGCCCUCAUAGGCAGCCUCUUUGAGAAAAUGAUAGGCAUGGAUGCAAGGGACGAUGGAGAGGGUGAUCUCGGUAGUAUCAUGAGGGUAAAAGUCCUGGUGAAAGUUACUGAAGCUUUCAGACGAGGUUUCUUUACGACCGAGGUGAAUCGAAAGGAAAAAUUUGUUUCCUUCCUCUAUGAAAGAUUUCCAGAUAUUUGUUUCAAGUGUGGUCUCGUAGGCCAUUACUCCAUCUCUUGUUCAAAUCCUGUGGAAGUUGCAACACAAGAAGGUGUUCCUGAUUAUGGACUAUGGAUGCGGUAUGGGUCCGGUAAGUUACCUCCCUCCCUGGGUUCCCCAGCAGUUCCGGUGCUUAAUUCUUUGGCACCACCUUUUUCGAUUGCUGCCAUUCCUUCUCAACCUUAG